CUUUGAAAUGAUAACCGGUUAUUGUGACGUCACACACAGUUCUCUUACUCAUCGAAUUCCUUCAACACGUUGCGUGCAAGUCGCCUGUGUUUAUAUCAAUUUUAACAGUCUUUUCCAUUAGAAAUUAUUUUACAGAAUGCCACCGAAGAAAGUGGAAGAGCCAGAACGGAAGCCGCUGAUCGGCCGUGUUGGAGUCAAUCUCAAGGUUGGAAUUGUGGGUAUUCCGAACGUUGGAAAAUCAACCUUCUUCAAUGUACUUACCAAGAGUCAAGCAGCCGCAGAAAACUUCCCGUUCUGCACCAUUGAUCCUAAUGAAAGUCGAGUACCUGUACCGGACACGAGGUAUGACUACCUGUGUGAAUACUUCAAGCCAGCUAGCAAAGUGCCUGCAUUUUUGAAUGUCGUUGAUAUCGCUGGAUUAGUAAAAGGCGCAGCUGAAGGACAGGGUUUAGGAAACGCUUUUCUCUCGCAUAUUAACGCCUGCGAUGCGAUCUUUCAUCUUUGUCGAGCAUUUGAAGAUGAUGAUGUGACACACAUAGAAGGAGAUGUGAAUCCUGUGAGGGAUUUGGAAAUUAUCAGCGACGAGCUGCGAUUAAAGGAUAUUGAAUUUCUCAAUGGUCACUUGGAGAAAUUGGAAAAGCUUGUGGUUCGUGGCAAUGAUAAAAAACUCAAACCUGAAUACGAAACACUUCUUAAAGUUAAAGGGAUUCUCGUCGAUGAUAAGAAUCAUAUUAGAUUUGCUGAUUGGAGUGCAAACGAUAUCGAGGUACUCAAUAAAUACCUUUUCCUGACGUCAAAGCCGGUAAUUUAUCUGGUUAACCUUUCGGAAAAAGAUUACAUUCGAAAAAAGAAUAAAUGGCUCAUCAAGAUUAAAGAAUGGGUUGAUAAAAAUGAUCCAGGAGCAUCUUUAAUUCCAUUCAGUGGUGCCUUUGAGAAUAAAAUCAUAGAUAUGGAAGAGGUUGACAAAGCCAAAUAUUUUGAAGAAUCUAAAGUCACCAGCGCACUAGAUAAAAUUAUCGUUCAGGGAUAUAAAGCUCUGCAAUUGCAAUAUUUUUUCACUGCUGGUCAUGAUGAAGUCAAGGCAUGGACAAUUCAGAAAGGAUUUAAGGCGCCGCAAGCUGCUGGAAGAAUUCAUACCGAUUUUGAAAAAGGUUUUAUUAUGGCCGAAGUGAUGAAAUUCGAUGACUUUAAAAACGAAGGUUCGGAAUCUGGUGUCAAGGCAGCUGGAAAGUAUCGGCAACAGGGACGAAAUUACGUAGUGGAAGACGGUGAUAUUAUCUUUUUCAAAUUCAACGCCGGUGCAGGUUUAAAGGAUCCGAAGAAAAAGUGAUGGCACGUAUAUUUGGUACCGUUGCUGGUUUAUUUGUACAUCAAUAUGAUCUUGCUCUCUUGUUGUACUCAUCGAAAUAUCGGCUCAUCAUCCUAAAUCAUUUUUUUAAUUGACAAUCAAAAACAUAUUAUUCAAAGGGAAAUAUCAAUUUUCUUUGUGAUGUUUUUGUUUUAAUAACUGAAUCAAUUAUUUCUUAAUAAAGAAGAAGAAUAAAAUGAAAAAGAAGAAUACGACGACGAUGAAGAAAAUAUCUACACAAAUAGUAUGAGCAUCGCUUUCAGUGAGUGAGUGUAUAUAAAUAAUUAACUUUUAUGAAAAUUUCUUUUUUUUUUUUUAAUAUUCUAUUACAAAGCUUGUAGGCGAUAGUUAUAGAUCAUGAAUGAGACAGAGAGACAGAGAGAAAUGAAGUGAAUUGAUUUCCAUUUUUUUUUUUUUAAUGAAGAUGGAAAUCUAAAAUAUUUCUAUUAUUAUACUCUUCUGUAUUUAUUUUACACUGAGUUGAAUAUAGAUUGACUGACUAAAUAAACAGAGUUUCGGAUUUUAA